UCCAGCGAGGGGAUUGUGACGGGCGGCUGCUGGAGCCGAGCCAGCGGCGAUCGGGCGUCAGAGACCCGCUAUUCAUAACCAGAGACACCGUCACCGUUUGUUUUAACGACGUCUGCUCCUCAAAAGGAAAACCGAGCGCAUGCGACUUUUGACGCGAGCGGCGCAUUCAACAGUGCGCGGUGUGGAGCUGCCAGCGGCGGACCUGCUCAAAGCUGGGAGUGAAGGAGUGAGGGAGUCAUCCAUUCAUCCACUCAUCGAUCGGGUUCUCACUAUAAUAACACUUGCACUUUGAUCCACGUGGGACUGUCCGUGGAAUCGUGAGUUUUUGAGAAGUUCGGUGUGAAAUUUGUUAUUAUUUUUGAUUUUUACGCACAGAUAAAAACGCGCACCCAUGAAGGCGCAUCGCGAGACACACGACUGAAUCCGCGUUUAAGAGUUUUUUUUUUUUUUUUUUAAAUAUAUAUAUAUUAUUGCUUUUGUUUUGUCCAUUCAUCCUGAGCGUCCUCCCCCGCGUGAAGGCAGAUGAGAAGACAGACGAGUGGAGGGUGGUUCACUCAACAUGGCUGAGCUGCUGUGGCAUGAGGAGGCGCUGGCUGGACCUCCCCACAGCGCCUGACUCCCAAUAGAGUCGAUUGUUUGUUUAGGCUGGGAGGUGAUUAGAAGUUGAUAAUGCCUAAGAACAGGGAGAGAUUCAACCCAGACCCGUCCAUCCACAUAUCCAAGAUGAACGUGAUCAUCCCGUUUUCACCUGAUGUGCCCUGUGACAGUAACGGCCAGCGGAUGUGGUGGGCUUUCCUCGCCUCAUCCAUGGUCACUUUCUUCGGGGGUCUCUUCAUCAUCCUCCUGUGGAGGACCCUCAGGUAUCUGUGGACCGUGUGCUGCCACUGUCGUGCCAAAAAGAAGGAGGUCCAUCGGAUCACCACAGGCGAUGGCGUCAAACGCACUGAUAAGGACGACGUGGCGGCCAGCGAGGUGGGCUGGAUGACCUCAGUCAAAGACUGGGCCGGAGUCAUGAUAUCCGCUCAGACGCUGACAGGAAGAGUCCUGGUGGUUCUCGUAUUUGCUCUCAGCAUCGGAGCCCUUGUAAUAUACUUCAUAGAUUCAUCUGAUCCUAUCGAGUCCUGUCAGAACUUCUACAAAGACUUCACGCUGCAGAUUGACAUGGCGUUCAAUGUGUUUUUCCUGCUCUACUUCGGCCUCCGCUUCAUUGCUGCCAAUGAUAAGCUGUGGUUCUGGCUGGAGGUGAACUCAGUGGUGGACUUCUUCACCGUCCCUCCAGUGUUUGUGUCGGUGUAUCUGAACAGGAGCUGGCUGGGCUUGAGAUUUUUAAGGGCCUUAAGGUUGAUACAGUUCUCAGAGAUUUUACAAUUUUUGAACAUACUAAAGACAAGCAACUCCAUCAAGCUGGUGAACCUGUGUUCAAUCUUCAUAAGCACAUGGCUGACUGCAGCAGGCUUCAUUCAUUUGGUGGAAAACUCAGGGGAUCCUUGGGAAAACUUCCAAAAUUCCCAGGCCCUUUCCUACUGGGAAUGUGUCUACUUACUCAUGGUUACGAUGUCCACCGUUGGCUAUGGAGACGUUUAUGCGAAAACCACCCUGGGUCGCCUGUUUAUGGUCUUCUUCAUCCUUGGUGGUUUGGCCAUGUUUGCAAGCUACGUCCCUGAAAUCAUAGAAUUAAUAGGAAACCGCAAGAAAUACGGUGGUUCCUAUAGUGCGGUUAAUGGGAGAAAGCACAUCGUUGUCUGUGGUCAUAUAACACUUGAGAGUGUGUCCAACUUUCUGAAAGACUUCCUACACAAGGACAGGGAUGAUGUCAAUGUAGAAAUUGUUUUUCUCCAUAAUAUUUCCCCUAAUCUUGAGCUGGAAGCCUUGUUCAAACGCCAUUUCACCCAAGUUGAGUUUUACCAAGGGUCUGUUCUAAAUCCACAUGACCUGGCCAGAGUCAAGAUUGAAUCUGCCGAUGCCUGUUUGAUCUUAGCCAACAAAUAUUGUGCUGACCCUGAUGCUGAGGAUGCAAGCAACAUCAUGAGGGUUAUAUCGAUCAAGAAUUACCACCCAAAGAUCAGAAUCAUCACACAGAUGUUGCAGUACCACAAUAAGGCCCACCUUUUGAACAUCCCAAGCUGGAACUGGAAGGAGGGAGAUGAUGCCAUUUGCCUCGCAGAGCUGAAACUUGGCUUCAUCGCCCAGAGCUGCCUGGCUCAGGGCCUCUCCACCAUGCUGGCCAACCUUUUCUCCAUGAGGUCUUUCAUCAAGAUUGAAGAGGACACAUGGCAGAAGUAUUACCUCGAAGGAGUAGCUAACGAGAUGUACACCGAGUACCUGUCGAGUGCCUUUGUGGGCAUGUCCUUCCCUGUCAUCUGCGAACUCUGCUAUGUGAAGCUAAAACUGCUGCUCAUAGCUAUAGAGUACAAGUCUGAUCAAAGAGAAAGCAGCACCUUGAUAAAUCCUGGGAACCAUAUGAAAAUGGAGGAGGGAACCUUGGGCUUCUUCAUUGCCAGCGACGCCAAAGAAGUAAAGAGGGCGUUGUUUUACUGUAAAUCCUGCCACGACGACAUAACUGAUCCCAAAAGAAUAAAGAAAUGUGGAUGCAAGAAAUCCAAGACUCCCGUCUACAAGAAAAUACGACUGGCAUGUUGUUUUGAUUGCGGCCGCUCAGAGCGGGGCUGCUCUUGCAUGCCACUUAAUGUGCGUGGUAACAUGGACUCCUCUCAACAUGACAUCCCGCUCUCUGUUACUGAAUGCACAACCACAUUACACGCCCCUAAAAAUAGCUAUAAUGGAUAUAUCAAGUCAACAGUAAACGAUGGCCCCUUAAUCCCGUUAUCAACUUCCCAAUACGAGUCAGCUAAACUGAACUGCAACUCAGACAAGGUCAGUAGGGGGCCUCGUAGCGGAGUGUCUACUCUGUCGGUCCCGUUGGUAAACAAUCGCAAGGGAAGCCUGCUGCCCCCCGCUGUGCCCUCCGCUCUGAGACUGAGCUUCCUGUGCUCCAGAGACCUGGGUCAGGUGGGCCGGCGACCAGUGGUGGCAGAAGAGGCCAGGCGGCUCCAGCGGGCGCGGAGCCUGCCAGUGAAAUACAGCUACCACCCCAGUCACGCCACACUUGGUCACAUUGAAGAGGACCAACAGUCGACUCUGUCGCCCAAAAAAAAGCAACGCAACGGAGGCAUGAGGAUCUCUCCAAACUCCUCACCUAAGAUAUUGAGACAUGAUCCACUCCUCAUCCCAGGGAAUGAGCAGAUCGAGAGCAUGGACGAGAAUGUAAAGAAAUACGACUCCACUGGGAUGUUUCAUUGGUGCCAGUCCAAAGACAUCGAGAAGGUCAUCUUGACCCGCAGCGAGGCAGCCAUGACUGUCCUAAGCGGUCAUGUGGUCGUGUGCAUUUUUGGAGACGUGAAAUCGGCACUGAUCGGACUCCGUAACUUUGUGAUGCCCCUGAGAGCGAGCAACUUUCACUACCAUGAGCUGAAGCACAUCGUGUUCGUCGGCUCCCUCGAGUAUCUGAAGCGAGAGUGGGAGACGCUUCACAACUUCCCAAAAGUUUCGAUCCUGCCAGGCACACCACUGAGUCGGGCAGAUCUGAGGGCUGUCAACAUCAACCUCUGCGACAUGUGUGUCAUCCUGUCAGCCAAUCAGAACAAUAUUGACGAUGCAUCACUGCAGGACAAAGAAUGCAUCUUGGCGUCACUCAACAUCAAAUCCAUGCAGUUUGACGACAGCAUCGGGCUCUUGCAGGCUAAUUCCCAAGGCUUCACACCACCAGGCAUGGACCGAUCGUCUCCAGAAAACAGCCCAGUCCAUGGAUUAGUAAGGCAAACCUCUGUCACAACAGGAGCAAAUAUCCCCAUCAUAACAGAGCUAGCACCAUUAGCAAAGCCGGGCAAAAAACUGCCUGUGAUUUCAUUCAGUCAGGAUAAAAGCAGUGGGACCAGCAUACAAAUGAUAACUGAGCUGGUGAAUGACUCAAACGUUCAGUUCUUGGACCAAGAUGACGACGACGACCCAGACACGGAGUUAUAUCUCACUCAACCUUUUGCCUGUGGGACAGCCUUUGCUGUCAGUGUCCUGGAUUCCUUAAUGAGCGCUACAUACUUCAAUGAUAAUAUCCUCACCUUGAUCCGGACGCUGGUAACAGGCGGGGCGACCCCAGAGCUGGAGGGGCUGCUGGCAGAGGAGAAUGCCCUACGAGGUGGCUACAGCACACCGCAGACCUUGGCUAACAGGGACAGGUGUCGCGUGGCACAGCUGGCCUUGUACGACGGGCCCUUUGCUGACCUGGGGGACGGUGGUUGUUAUGGCGACCUGUUCUGUAAAGCCCUGAAAACAUACAACAUGCUGUGCUUUGGCAUCUAUCGGCUACGAGACGCACAUUUAAACGCGCAGAGCCAAUGCACCAAACGGUAUGUCAUAACCAAUCCGCCAUAUGCAUUUGAGCUGGUGCCCUCGGACCUGAUAUUCUGCCUGAUGCAGUUUGACCACAACGCAGGCCAGUCUCGAACCAGCCUCUCCCACUCGUCCCACUCGUCCCAUUCCUCCAGCAAAAAGAGCUCCUCUGUCCACUCGAUCACAACCACCAACCGCAGCAACCGCACCAAAAGCAGGGACUCACGAGACAAACAAAAUGCAACAAGGAUGAAUAGAGUGGGCCAAGAAAAGACAUGGUUUACAGAUGAGCCAGAGAAUACCCACCUGAGGACCAUACAGAUCAAGCCAGUGAAUACUCUCGCCGUCAGCCAAGUCAGUCAGUAUAAAUCCACAAGCAGCUUGAUCCCACCCAUCGCAGAAGCCGAGGACGAGUGCUGAGCUCGGGACCCACGCUGACACCUGGAUGCCUGGACUCUCUGAGAACUUCUCAUGUAGGUGUCAGACUGGGAUUCAGGAUCUCUUCUCAACUGGAAACAUAAAGGAUCGGGUAAACAUUCGAUGAGACAAACACAAGACUGAUUUCCUCAUUCACCUAUGUUGCAAAGUUACGGUACAAUCAUAUAUACAUACAAUCAUAGACGAGCAUCACAAUCCCUCAACCUUUAGUUUUCUCUGCUAUUUUUACGAUUGACCAGACCCCAUGAGAUUUUUUUUUGUCUAUUCUGGGGAAUGAUGGUCACUCAAAAGAGACAAGUAAUGUAAAAAAAAAAAAAAAGGCUACAACUACUGCAGUUAUUAUUGGAUCAAAUGUCGUAAAAGUUGCCUUUUUAUCUGUCGAUGACCAACUAUUACAACUACUGCAUUCACUUUACCCAGUGUUGCAGAAUUAUUCUGUACAGUAUGUCAAACGGUGUAUUUUACAUUCAGCUGCAAACCCACCACAAUGGCAUUUUUAGUGACCGGCGCUCAGCGAUUACUUUGCCAUUUGGAGCUAAUUCACAACAUUUGUGACGGUUAUGAUGGCCUGUGUCCAUGUGUAUAUGGCAUUUGGCUCCAGCCUUAUCGUUAUCAUUUAUAUUUGUCUUAUCUUUGCCUUUCUGAGUAAUUUGUUUGGAAAUGUUUUCAUGUCACUGUUUGGUUGCAAUGUCCAAAAUCCCAGAAAGCUUACAGAGAAAAGCUUUUACAUAUUUGCAGAGCUGCUCUUAGGAACCUGUUUUCUUUCCUUGUUAAUAGCCAAACAUGAUAGAGCUGUUUUGUUCACACCAUUACAACAUAGCCAGAAAUUCUACUCCUUUUUUUCAUUUUGUCAAGAAAUCAUAGACAGCCAAGCCAAAUAUUAUUUUAAGUGUGUAAUUGAGCUGAAUGUGAAAGCCACAUAUCGCAUGCAGUGGGCAUCUUUAAUUCCUCCUUUGGCUGUAAGCACUGCCUGACACAGGAUUGUCUUGGAGUGCACAUUAAGUACUCCAUGACCUGAUGAUCUAAAUGCCAUAACGAGACAUGUUUGUGCUUUUUAUACAUGCAUAAAAAAAAAACAGCUCUAUCAUACAACAAAAAACAUGUUUUUUUUGGCUUCCAGUUUGUAUAUGUUGUAAUAGAUUGUGUGCUGUUGGUAAAUCCAUGUUGGCCAUCGAUUACAUAUCUGAUGUAUCCAUAAGACAAUGAAAGUAAAGCGUCAAUCAUUUGAUUGGGUUUGUUUCGACACACCAGGUUAGAAUACGGCGUGAACAAUGGUUAAUAAUCAUGUUUUAUAUGAAUAAUAGAACAUAGUUAUAUUCGCACUGUUGUCACUUUUGUCCGGAAUCAAUGAAGUGGAAGUAAAUGAAUGAAAAUGCAUACAAGCAAUCCACAACAUCCUGAACUUAAACAAGGAUGUGUCUCAAUCCAGCCAAGGGUUCAUAGUGAAUGUAGAAAGAGAGAGGUUGUGACAUUUUUACUGGCAGAAGAGAGCAUCCUUCCAUCCUUCCUUCUAUCCUUCCCUCGCUCAGUGUCAGUGAUGUGCCAGGCAGUGCAGAAGCCAUCGGAGGACUCCACAAGACCCACUGUUGCGAAAAGAGGCUUCAAUUUUAACUGGAUUUAAGCUCAUUUUUUUUGUUUUGCUGUUUUGUUUAUACUCUCCUCUUUGUUUUCCAUUGUCACCACUCAGAGACCAUUGCACAGAAACGGUCUUUCAUUUCCUGGAGAUAAAAAGAGUACGAUGAAAUAAAAAGUCUUAAAACUGUUUUUUUCUUUUUUAAAUGAUCCACCACCAAUAGCAGAUCCUGAUAGCAAAUACAUUUAUGUUUUCUUUAAAGAAAUCUCUAAAGCUUCAUGUAAAAGUUUUAUUUCUAGCGUGUUCUAGUUUGUUUGACUGAUUCUGUUGAUUCUGUUGUUUGCCACUUCCUGUGGGGCUGAGCGAUGUUCAGCAUCACAGUCUAGUUUGUAAUAUUUUGUGAUUUUUUUUUUUUUUUUAGCACGUUUACUUGUGGAUACAAAGACAGUGCAAAGCUGAUAUUUCUGACUAUGUCAUAAUUACCCAAUAAUAAAUACAGUUUAUUGUCUUGUACAAAUAGAUUUGUACAUAAAUUGUACAUGAUUUCAUUUUGUAUUUUCACAAAUUAAAGCUAAUGUAUUGUGUUCUA